AAUCCGUGCAUUAAUACCUAUGAAACCCAAACACCAAAACUCUUCCCCAAAAUCCCAUAUAUAUUAUUACAACCUUCUUGCAUAAAAAGUUUACCCUUCACUUAAUUUCUCAUACCUUCCAAGAACCACAAACCCAAGCUCUCACACAACUACAUGCCAUUUAUAAGCAUAGAGAAAGAAUAAAGAAAGUAGGUUUUAGAGAGAGAGAGAAAGGGAGCGAUCAGUUUCUCAGAGGAAAUUAUUGAGGCAAAACGUAAUCUCAUCAUGGAAGUAGAGAAGGGAACAAAGAUGCGGUUUGAGGAGACAGAGCUAAGGCUAGGGUUACCAGGGAAUGGUGGAGGGGGUACUGAAGGAGGGGAGUUCGCAAGGAAGAGAGGAUUCUCUGAGACUGUGGACUUGAAGCUCAAUCUUUCUUCCAAGGAGGGGGGUAUUGAUCCAAAUCAUGAGAAGACUCAAAGGGAGAAGAACCUUCUGGCCACUGAUCCAGCAAAACCUCCAGCUAAGGCACAGGUUGUGGGUUGGCCUCCAGUCAGAUCUUUCCGAAAGAACAUGUUAGCUGUCCAAAAAAGCAGCACCGAUCAGGAGAGUACUGACAAGGUUCCUGGGGGCAAUGCAACCUUUGUGAAGGUUAGCAUGGAUGGCGCACCUUACCUCCGUAAAGUGGACCUGAAGAUGUACAAGGCCUACCACGAGCUCUCUGAUGCCUUGGGCAAAAUGUUCAGUUCCUUCACCAUAGGCAACUGUGGAUCCCAUGGAAUGAAAGAUUUCCUGAAUGAAAGCAAGCUCAUAGAUCUUCUUAAUGGCACCGACUAUGUUCCAACUUAUGAAGAUAAGGACGGUGACUGGAUGCUCGUCGGUGAUGUCCCAUGGGACAUGUUUGUUGAAUCUUGCAAGCGGCUGCGAAUAAUGAAAGGAACGGAGGCGACUGGACUUGCUCCAAGAGCCAUGGAGAAAUGCAAGAACAGAAGCUUCAAGUAGUGAGCACCACAGCCUGCUCCUUCGAUCUCAGGGUCGCAUGCAGGGACCAAAAAUUAAGAUGGUAAAAGCGCGCUGGAUGGAUUGAGCAGGCUCUUCGUUGAGGGUGUUUCUGCAUUAAUAUUAAUUGUACGUGGUUUGUUAAAUAAUGUUAAUAUUUAUCAUGGACAAGAACGAUAAUAACCCUUAAAUAUGUUCCAAAAGACUCGGUCAUAUGUCUUGCUUGUUCAGUUGAAUGGCUUGCUUAAUUAUUCAUUAUUAUAGCCAUGUUUUUUUGUUUUUUUGAA